GUCUCCUCCUCUUGCAGGAUUACCGGCCCCGGUCUCCGCUGAUCACACACUCACACACACACACACACACACACAAGCGCGCGCGCACACACUGAGAGACUGGGUAAGGGCUGUGUAUUGUGUAUCAGCUGGUGAGCGGUUAGUUUGGACUACACGCGUUAGCCGGGAUGAAGGUUCUGGACUGUGGCGCUGUGCUGCUCGGUUUGCUGCUCGCGGCUCUCUGUCGGCCCUCGGUGGAAGCGCUCGCGAGCUCGUCGCCGCCGGACCCGUGCUACGAUGAGAACGGACAGGCGCGCCGCUGCAUCCCGGACUUCGUGAACGCGGCGUUCGGCCGGGAAGUGCACGCGUCCAGCACGUGUGGCCAGAAGACACCGAGUCGCUACUGCGUGGGGACGGAGAGAGGCGGCGGGGAGAGGAGCCGCGAGUGCCGCGUGUGUGACGCGUCGGACCCCAGAAGGCGCCAUCCGGCUUCGCACCUCACCGACCUGCACAACCCGCACAACCUGACGUGCUGGCAGUCGGAGAACGGCAUGCGGUACCCGCAGAACGUGACGCUGACGCUGUCUCUCGGUAAGAAGUUCGAGGUGACGUACGUGAGCGCGCAGUUCUGCUCGUUGCGUCCGGACUCGAUGGCCAUCUUCAAGUCGAUGGACUACGGCAAGACGUGGGUUCCGUUCCAGUACUACUCGAGCCAGUGCCGGAAAGUGUACAACAAGCCGAACCGGGCCGCCAUCACCAAGCAGAACGAGCAGGAGGCCGUGUGCACGGACGCGCACCAGCAGCAGCAGCCGCACCAGCAGCAGCCGGUCUCGGGCGGCCUCGUGGCCUUCAGCACGCUGGACGGCCGGCCGUCUGCUCACGACUUCGACAACUCGCCCGUGCUGCAGGACUGGGUCACGGCCACGGACAUCCGCAUCACGUUCAGCCGCUUACACGCUGAGGAGCGCAAGGCCGAGGCAGAGGACGAGGAUGAGUCGCACUUCUACGCCGUGUCGGACCUGCAGGUGGGCGGCCGGUGCAAGUGUAACGGACAUGCCUCGCGCUGUGUGCGCGACCGCACCGGAGAGCUCGUGUGCGAGUGCAAGCACAACACCGCGGGACCCGAGUGCGACAGGUGCAAACCGUUCCACUACGACCGACCGUGGCAGCGCGCGACCGCCAGAGAGGCCAACGAGUGUGUCGCGUGUAACUGUAACCUCCACGCCCGGCGCUGCAGGUUUAACAUGGAGCUGUAUAAACUGUCUGGGAGGAAGAGUGGAGGCGUCUGUCUCAACUGUCGCCACAACACGGCCGGACGCCACUGUCACUACUGCAAAGAGGGCUACUACAGAGACAUGAGCAAAGCCAUCACUCACAGGAAGGCCUGCAAAGCGUGUGAUUGCCAUCCCGUUGGUGCUGCGGGAAAAACGUGUAACCAGACCACAGGCCAGUGUCCGUGUAAAGACGGCGUGACGGGGAUCACGUGCAACCGCUGCGCUAAGGGCUACCAGCAGAGCCGCUCGCCCAUCGCACCCUGCAUCAAAAUUCCAUCUGCACCACCAACAACCACAGCAAGCGUCACAGAGCAGCCUGCAGACUGUGACUCCUACUGCAAAGCGUCCAAAGGGAAGCUGAAGAUCAACAUGAAAAAGUACUGCAAGAAAGAUUACGCUGUUCAGGUGCACAUCCUGAAAUCGGACAAGGCGGGCGAGUGGUGGAAAUUCACCGUGAACAUCGUGUCGGUGUACAAGCAGAGCGAGAGCCGCAUCCGCCGGGGAGAUCAGCUGCUGUGGGUCCGAGCCAAAGACGUGGCCUGCAAGUGUCCCAGAAUGAAAACGGGGAAGAAAUACCUGCUGCUGGGGAACAACGAGGACGCGCCGGGGCAGAGCGGCAUGGUGGCCGAUAAAGGCAGUCUGGUGAUUCAGUGGAGGGACACGUGGGCGAGGAGACUGCGCAAGUUCCAGCAGAGAGAGAAAAAAGGCAAAUGCAAGAAGCCUUAAAGAGAGACGGACAUCAGGAAACGCUGAGACAGAGAGAGAGAGAGAGAGAGUGAGAGAGAGAGAGAGAGAGAUGGACGAUCUGAACUAAAACAUUCACACAGAUCUGACGCAGUGCAGAGAGAGAGAGAGAGAGAGAGAGAGAGAGAGAGGGAGGGGGCGAGCGAGCGAGCGAGUGAACACUGCCGCUCGAAACAGAGAACGAUUUCCUUAAACAGGAAGUGCACGCCUGUCAUGAAGGAACUCACCUCACAGUUUGAUUUUAUUUCUUCUUCACCUCCUUCAGCGCUGGCUUCAUGUGGAUUUGCACCGUGUCUCUGUAGAACGUCAUCGCUCUCGCAGAUUCAGUUUACAGACUCACAAAAGACGCUCCGAGACCCACAAACGCUCUCUUUUCAUCACCACUGCUGGGGAUUUUAUUAUCACUUCAUCCAGCGCUGAAAUCAUCCUCUCGAAAACAUGUCGUGUUUAUGUUGUACAUUUUUUAAUCCAGCACACAGUAUAUAAAAUAAAUUCCUCUUUUUCUUUAAAACGA